UGUGUUUAUGUGGUGUAUGCCAAAUACAAUAUUAUUUAUAUUAAUAAAGUUGUCUCUUAAUGAAAUUACAUAGUUACCAAGUGUAACGUGCAUAUUCGUUUUCAGUUUUAUAGUAGUCUCAGAAGUCAUCGCGGGCCAUACCUGGAGCAAAAUCUACCAAAAUGAUAGAUGUAAAAACGAAAAUUCACUCCUUCUUUAUAUUUAACUCGAGCUUUGGGCCUAAGGAAGGAGAAGAACUGAAAAGGGUGUUGUUUUUCCAUCCCAGUCAGGUGAGUGGAGAUGGGCGCAAGCUUCAGGUCGGACUAUGUGAGGCAGUUGUCAAAUUUAUGUCUACAUUUUCUUCUGAACCUUGUGAAGCACUGCAAACACAGACCAAAAGACACAUUUUCUAUCAACCAGAGAAAGGAUACUGGAUGGUUCUGGUGGUUCGAAUACCUUAUACAACAAAAGCACUUUCUGCCAUUGGAGAAAGCAGAGGAGAUGUGAUUGAGCCAUCUGUUAUGUUUGAUCUGUUGAAAUCAGCCUACAAAAUGUUCAAAAUGUUUGUAGGGCCUUUCCAAAACAUUCCGCCUGAUGAAAUUUAUACCACUUGUGAAAAUUUCUUUGGACCGUAUAUAACAUCUAAAAACCUCACAAAUGAUAUCAGUGAUAUAAUUCAAGGAAUAAGUUAUCUGCCGCUGGACAAAAAUUCCUUCUUCAAAGUUUUGUGCUUUAUAGAUCUGAUUGAAGUCACAUAUCCUGAUUUUAAAUGUAUCUCAUUUGUUUACAAUGAGCAGUUGAUUUGGAACGCACUUUCAACAGACGACAUGCUUACACUCUACCAGUACUUGGUACAAAACCUCCUACCCGAGCAAAUUGAAAAGGAACUGCAAGGCGGGGCCGUGGCCGCAGCACAAAGGCACGGCCGUUUCAUCAUGCCACGGGACGGCAUCAGGACACGGGAGGACUUACAACGGCUGACUAAAGUUCAUCUCAUGCUUGACGAUGAGCCGGAAGAAAAGGAAUAUUAUCUCAUUAUUUAUAGGACGUUGAGCGCUACAGUUUGUUUUACAGUUGAUGUCAACACCAACCUCGAAUUAGAUACAUUCAAGUCCCUGGACGCAUUCAUUGGGCCCCAACUCUCAUCCAUUGCUUCAGCCAUCAGUGAACAGUGCGCCCAUCAUGCGCUCCAAAAUGCCCAGAUAUCAAGCAAUGAUAAUAAGUUUGUUUAUUUCAACAGACUUAAUCUUGCAUUUAAAACAUCUUCUCCAGUUAACAAGUUGGUACCUUCAACCACUAUCAAACCAGAAGUUUUAAGUAUAAUAGCCGGCAUACAUGCAGACAGACAAAGUCUGGGCAACUAUGGUGAAGUAAUUAUCAAGACACCAGAUGAAUAUUGGAUUACUGCCAAGUCGUCAAAUGAGAGAGAAUUUUAUGUCAUAAUCCAAGAAAAGAAUGCAAAUCUCAAGGAAAUUGCAGAUGAGGUAAAACGAAUAUGCGAAGUUCAAAUGAAAGGUAUAUUUUUCUACCCUAUAUAAGUAUUUAAAUUGUGGAACUA